ACGAAUCCAACAUGGCUUUCUGUAUGCGUUGUGGAGCGGCUCAAUAGCAUCAUGUAAAUAAGAUUGAGUAUUGUUUAUUUCGUUUUUUGACAUUUGUCACCUCAGGUGAGACCCAUUGGCCAGCACGAAAAUAACACCAGAGGAGGACAAAAAGUAUUUUCUGGAGCGCGUAGAAAAUCACGUAACAGACAAACGCUAGGAGUGUUAUCCUCUAAAAAUGAAACUCAGAGUCCAACUCCAGUGCAAGAACCUUCAUGAAUACCUCAGGGAACUGAGUCCAGACAUCCUUGACAGACUCUACAACCACCCAGCAACAUGCUUGGCUGUUUACAGGGAGCUCCCAGCACUGGCCAAGAAUUAUGUGAUGCGCAUGCUGUUCUUAGAUCACCCUCUGCCGCAGGCGGCGGUAGCACUGUGGGUGAAAAAGGACUGCCAGAAGGAUCAUGACCGGUGUGUGUCCGUGCUGACUGGCCUCAGACUUUGGCACAGCCAACAGCUUCAGGGUGGUCUACAGGGCAUGGUGCUAAACCCUGUGUUCAAGGACAACCUGAGGACGGCACUCCUCGGCGGUGGGAAGACGUGGGCAGACGAGGGCAGCGGCCUUGGGCCCGAUCGGCACGCACGGGACGUGGAGAGCCUGGAUCGCUACGCCAUGGAGCGCUGGGAGGUGAUUCUGCACUUUAUGGUGGGCUCACCAUCCGCAGCCGUCAGCCAGGACCUGGCCCGGCUCUUGAUCCAGGCCGGCCUCAUGAGAAGUGAGGCUGGUGAAGCUCCAUGUAUCACCUCCGCUGGCUUUCAGUUUCUCCUGCUGGACACGGCUUCCCAGCUGUGGUACAUCACGCUGCAGUACCUCAACACGGCGCAGUCUAGAGGGAUGGACCUCGUAGAGAUUCUUUCCUUCUUGUUCCAGUUGAGUUUCUCCACUCUUGGAAGGGACUACUCUGUUGAGGGCAUGAGUGAGUCUCUGUUGACGUUUCUGCAGCACCUGCGAGAGUUCGGCCUGGUUUUCCAGAGAAAGAGGAAGUCGAGAAGAUAUUACCCCACGAGGCUGGCCAUCACUCUGGCUGCAGGCAUCACUGCCAACCCUUCGUCUUCCUCUUCCUCAGCUGUAAAUGGCACACCUGGAACAGCAGACUCUGGUUUCAUUGUGGUAGAAACCAACUACCGUGUGUAUGCUUACACAAACUCCGAGCUGCAGAUCGCGCUGGUUGCUCUUUUCAGCGAGAUGCUGUAUAGGUUUCCUAAUGUAGUCGUGGCUCAGGUCACCAGGGAGUCUGUGCAGCAAGCCAUUGCUAAUGGCAUCACUGCACAACAGAUAAUCCACUUCCUGAGGACCAGAGCACACCCAGUUAUGCUGAAGCAGACUCCAGUGCUUCCCCCAACCAUCACAGACCAGAUCAGACUGUGGGAGCUUGAAAGAGAUCGUCUUCAGUUUACAGAGGGAGUGCUGUACAACCAGUUCCUGUCACAGGCUGAUUUUGAGGUGCUACGGGACCGAGCUCAGGGCCUAGGGGUGCUGGUGUGGCAGAACGCACCCCACAGGGUUAUGGUGGUCACUCCCCACGGUCACAGCGAGGUGAAGAGGUUCUGGAAGAGACAAAAAAGUCAUACAUAGAAUAGAGAUCCUCUGUGCAGAGAUCACUGCUGACAGCAGGCAUGGCAUCUGUCUCAUGAGACAUGAACAAAGUAACGGUCCAUAGGCCCAGCCUUCAGAAGGAAGUGAAAUGCUGUUGUAUGUGCAUUUAACACACUUUAAUUUUCUACGAGGGGAACUGUUAAUCAUGAAAUGUGAUUUCAAGAGAUGAGUUUAAGAGAAAAAAAAUGUUGUUGCGCCUUUA